AUGAUUAAUUCCCAAUUCAUCAAUAAACUAGUUUCACAAAUGACUACAGGACUUUACGGAGGAGCUAUUACAAUUAAACAACUUCCAGCUUCAUUUAUUGAUGUUUCUCAUAUAAGAGAUGUUCCAGAUACUCAGGAAGUAUUCAUCAAUGAAACUUCAACUACUUCAGGAAAAUUAGAUCAUUCAUUAAUUAUAGAUUUAUUAGAAAAAGUCGAUCCAAUUGAAUAUCAAGAAGCUAUUCAUUUACAUUUACAAGAUAUUGUUCCGGAUCAUGUACAUAACCAACCUUUGGAGGAAAUCGACCAAGAUGGAAUUUCAAGAUAUUUCAGUUAUGUCACAUUCAAACCAGAGUAUAAGAAAAUUGAACCAGAUUCUCCAAAGCAAAUAAUAACCUUGUUGUGUUUAAUACGAUUAGAUAAAGUAGACACUGAUGUUAUGUUACAAUACAUUAUCCCAUUGAAAGAACACACAGAGGUUAAUUUCAAUGGUGAUUCGGAAAUUGACAAGUAUGUUCAAGAAAGUUACAAUAAUUUUAAAGAGAUUGGUCUAAGCUUUACUGUGAAAGAUUGGAGUUUAUUUGGAUAA